UUUGCGGGGCGGGGGCUGCGCGGGGCGGGGCGCGGGGGGCGACCGGGCCGGCGGGAAACUUCUGCGGGUUCAGCACCACAGACGGGGCGGGCGCGGUGCCGCCGCCCGGCAUGAGCGCCCCGCCAGCCCCACCGCCGCCCCGCCAGCCCCGCCGCCCUGCCGCCGUCGCCCCCGCGCUCCGCCUCGGCCCCCGCACAGCCCCAGCCGCCCGGGCGCCGAUGGAGGCGGCGGCAGCGCUGAACGAGAGCGGAGCGGCAGCCCCCCGGCUGCCGGCCGGCGGCGGCAACGCCUCGCUGGAGCUCUCGUCGCGACCCCCCGCGCCCGCCGCCCUCAACCCCUGGGAUGUGAUGCUCUGCGUGUCCGGCACCGCCAUCGCCUGCGAGAACGCCCUGGUGGUUGCCAUCAUCUGCUACUCGCCCGCCCUGCGCACCCCCAUGUUCGUGCUGGUGGGCAGCCUGGCCACGGCUGACCUCCUGGCCGGUCUCGGCCUCAUCCUCAACUUCGUUUUCCAGUACGUGAUCCGCUCGGAGACGAUCAGCCUGCUGACGGUGGGCUUCCUCGUGGCCUCCUUCGCCGCCUCCGUGAGUAGCUUGCUGGCUAUCACGGUCGAUCGCUACCUCUCCCUCUACAAUGCCCUCACCUACUACUCGGAGAGGACGGUGCUCUGCAUUCACACCAUGCUGGCGAGUGCCUGGGGGGUCUCCCUCUGCCUGGGGCUGCUGCCCGUCCUGGGCUGGAACUGCCUCCACGACCGUGCCGCCUGCAGCGUCGUCAGACCCUUGACCAAGAGUAACGUGACGCUGCUGUCUGCCUCUUUCUUUCUCAUUUUCCUCAUCAUGCUCCAUCUCUACAUCGAGAUCUGCAAGAUCGUCUGCAGGCAUGCCCACCAGAUAGCUCUCCAGCAGCACUUUCUGACUGCUUCCCACUAUGUCGCCACCAAAAAAGGAGUCGCUACCCUGGCUAUAAUCCUCGGGACUUUCGGAGCCAGCUGGCUGCCUUUUGCCAUCUACUGCGUGGUGGGGGAUCCUGACUACCCUUCUGUGUACACGUAUGCCACGCUUCUACCCGCUACCUACAAUUCCAUGAUCAACCCCAUCAUUUAUGCCUACAGAAACCAGGAAAUCCAGAGAUCCAUGUGGGUGCUCCUCUGCGGCUGCUUUCAGACUAAAGUGUCCUUUCGUUCUCGGUCCCCCAGCGAUGUCUGAGUGACUUUUCUCUGCCGCACUGCACAGAGUGACAAUCUCCCGAGUGGACUAUUACAGUGCCUGUUCUAAACUUCAAACUACAUUGUGAAAUCAUUGGAAACAUGCUUAAGUAUUAGCACUUUAUACGUAUUUGUAUCUCUGAGAGUGGUUCAGGGUGUGGAGUUUUGGGUUCCAUCAAAAUAAUAACAAUGUGGUUGUAUAUAAAUCUGCACAUCACAUUUGUGAAGACAUUCCGGUACCGCUUAAUUAUAGCACCUUAUUUCUAGCUGCUCACCUGCCAAAACAGUGUUGCCUUUCUGAAGGGCAGAUAGAAAGAAAGUUGUGUUUGUGUUGUAUUUAUACGUGUGUGUGUCCGGGGGGGAGACGGGGCUGGGAGUGUAUGUAUGUAUGUGUGUAUCAAUACCUUGCUGCACAAUAUUAAUAAAUUAUAACAUUUUGUAUACAAAUAAAAAUAUGUAAAAUGUAAUAUAACUUUGUGUGUUAAGAUGCUUUUAGACAUAGGAGAGUUGGCAAAUUUGCCUGUUGAACAAAGUCCCUUGAAAGCUCCCCAUGUAAUUCUGCCUAAAGAGAUCAUCAUUCACUAUAGAGAUGAAAUA